UAGGGAGCGAGAAGAGAAUGCAGCAACAUUCUCAAUUGAAGAGAAGCUGUGUUUAUGUACGUUCAACUUUGAUUUGAGUUAAAUUUGGGUAUAUUGUUAGUCUGCUUUGAUAAGAAAACCUACAUUUGCACAGUGUAGCAAGAAGAGGUGCUUGGUUUACUAAAAUCCUGUGAAGAUGGAUAACGAAAUGAAAUAUUUAGCGGUGGACAGGCGAAGUGUUGGCGACCCCACUUUGCAAGCGGAAUGGAGCGCGAAGAAACUUGUUUGGGUGCCCGACGAAGAACACGGAUUUAUCCCUGGAAGCGUAAAACAAGAGAAAAACGAUGAAAUAACUGUUGAAUUAUCAGGUGGCAAACGAAAGACGUUUAGCAAGGAUGACAUCCAGAAAAUGAAUCCACCAAAAUUCGAGAAGGUCGAAGACAUGGCCGAACUAACUUGCCUCAACGAAGCAAGCGUUUUACACAAUCUGAAGGAUCGUUAUUAUUCAGAAUUAAUCUAUACCUACUCCGGUUUGUUUUGUGUGGUCGUUAACCCUUACAAAAGGCUGCCUAUCUAUACCGAUAAUGUGGUGGAAAUGUACAAGGGAAAAAAACGACAUGAAGUGCCACCACACGUUUAUGCAAUUACAGACACUGCAUACAGGAGUAUGCUUCAAGAGCGUGAAAACCAAUCAAUUCUUUGCACUGGGGAAAGUGGAGCAGGAAAGACAGAAAACACAAAGAAAGUCAUUCAAUAUUUGGCAUCGGUUGCAGGACAUAGCAAGGCUGCAUCUGCUUCAAGUGGACAGGUUGAACUUGAGAAACAGUUGCUUGAGGCAAAUCCAAUUUUGGAGGCAUUUGGUAAUGCAAAGACAGUGAAGAAUGAUAAUUCUUCUAGAUUUGGGAAGUUUAUCCGAAUUAACUUUGAUACGUCUGGAUUCAUUGCUGGUGCCAACAUUGAAUCUUAUCUUUUGGAAAAGGCACGUUGUGUGAGACAAGCUCCUGAAGAAAGAUGCUUUCAUAUUUUCUAUCAAAUUCUCAAUGGAAUGAACAAGCAGAUGAAAGAUGAGUUUCUUUUUGAGGACAUUGGACAAUACACUUUUCUAUCAAAUGGAAAUGUGGAAGUUAGUGGAAUUGAUGAUCGCUCAGAUCUUAAAGACACCUUGAAUGGAAUGAGGGACAUGGGAAUUUCAACUGAUGAAUCGAACUCGAUAUUCAAAGUCAUCUCAAGUGUAUUACAUUUUGGUAAUCUUAAGUUCAAGCAAGAAAGGAACUCAGAUCAAGCAACAUUGCCCAACAAUACUGUGGCACAGAAAAUCUGCCAUCUUCUUGGUAUCCCCGUUGUUGAUUUCACGAAAAGUUUGAUUCGUCCCAAAGUCAAAGUGGGUCGUGAAUAUGUACACAAAUCACAAACAAAAGAUCAGGCGGAAUUCUCAUGUGAAGCUCUGUCCAAAGCUCUAUAUGAAAGAAUGUUCAAGUGGAUGGUUCAUCGCAUCAAUAAAUGUUUGGAUCGAAGUAAACGUGAUGGCACGUCCUUUAUUGGAAUACUUGAUAUUGCUGGCUUUGAAAUUUUCAAGCUAAAUUCCUUUGAACAACUGUGUAUUAAUUAUACGAAUGAAAAAUUACAACAGCUUUUCAACCACACCAUGUUCAUCCUUGAGCAGGAAGAAUACAGAAAAGAAGGAAUUGAAUGGAAGUUUAUCGAUUUCGGUCUUGAUUUGCAGCCUUGCAUUGAUCUGAUUGAGAAGCAAGUUGGUGUUCUUGGUCUUCUGGAUGAGGAAUGUUGGUUCCCCAAGGCGUCUGACAAGAGUUUUGUUGAAAAACUAGAAAAAGAGUUAUCCCAAAAUCCCAAAUUGAAAAAACCAGAUUUCAGAUCCAAUGCAGAUUUUAGUAUCAUUCACUAUGCAGGCAUGGUGGAUUAUAAUGCUGAAAAAUGGUUGAUGAAGAACAUGGAUCCUUUAAAUGAUAACAUCGUUACUUUGUUUCAAAAUUCAAGUGAUUCUUUUGUCUCUUCAUUGUGGAAGGACACAGAAAACAUCGUGAGUCUGGGUGCAACUGGAGGUUCUGACUCACCAUUUGGAUCAAAAGUCCGAAAAGGAAUGUUUAGGACUGUCGGUCAAUUAUACAAGGAACAACUUACCAAACUGAUGGAUGUAUUGUCGAACACCAACGCAAAUUUCGUCCGUUGUAUUAUUCCUAACCACGAGAAACGGGCAGGUAAGAUUGACUCUCACCUGGUUUUGGAUCAAUUGAAAUGUAACGGUGUCCUCGAAGGAAUUCGUAUUUGUCGUCAAGGUUUCCCAAACAGAAUUGCUUUCCAAGAAUUCAAACAACGUUAUGAAAUCCUCACUCCCAACUUGAUUCCUAAGGGAUUUAUGGAUGGUAGAAAAGCUGCCCAACAAAUGUUGGACUUUCUUGAACUGGAUAAAAACAGCUAUCGCGUUGGUCAAUCGAAGAUAUUUUUCCGCGCGGGAGUUCUCGCUAAGCUCGAGGAGGAUCGUGACACGAAGUUGACCGAGAUCAUUACGAUAUUCCAAGCAUUCUGUCGUGGUAACCUGGCCCGUAAGAACUACGAGAAACGAACUCAGCAGUUGAACGCUAUCAGAGUACUACAGAAGAAUUGCUUGAAUUACCUGAAGCUUCGUAACUGGCCGUGGUGGCGUCUAUUUACUAAGGUGAAACCUCUCUUGGACGUUACGCGUCAAGAGGAACAGUUAAUUCAACAUCAAGACGAAUUGAAGAAAGUGUCUGAUAAACUGGAAAAGAUCGAGGGACAAUUUAAGGAACUUGAACAGACGCAUGCGCAGGUGAGCGAAGAGAAACAGGUACUCGCCGAGAAACUUGAACAGACGCAAGAAGCGUACGUCGAAGCAGACGAGAUGCGACAGAGGUUGUCAGCAAAGAAAAAUGAACUGGAACUUUUGCUUGAAGAUCUUGAAGCAAAGGUAGAAGAAGAAGAAGACAAAUCUUUAAAACUUGCAGAUGAAAAACGAGGCCUACAGCAGAACAUACUGGAUCUGGAGGAACAACUUGACGAAGAAGAAGCAACCAGACAGAAAUUACAAUUGGAGAAAGUUCAAAUCGAGGCAAAGCUUAAAAAGUACGAAGAAGACUUGUUGUCAUUCGAAGAUUCCAACUCGAAGCUUGGUAAAGAGAAGAAGCAGCUUGAAGAAAAAUUAGCUGAAACAAUGACGCAACUACAAGACGAAGAGGACAAGAGCAAAAGUUUGGGAAAGAUCAAGGCGAAGCACGAGGCAACUAUCACAGAUCUUGAGGAUCGCUUACGUAGUGAGGAGAAAGCACGACAAGAGUUGGAGAAAGAAAAGAGGAAAUUACUCGCUGAAAUAGCUGAACUUCAAGAGCAACUACUGGAGGCAAAACAAAGAAUUGAAGAACUUGAAGGUAUGCUGACAAAGAGAGAACAAGAUGUCAACGAAACUAAUUCAAGGGUCGAUGCCGAGACCAACAAACGUCUUGGUCUUGAAAGAAGCAUUCGAGAAUUAGAAAAUAAAAUUGAGGAACUGACAGAGGAUCUUGACGCCGAGAAAGCAUCUCGUUCAAAGGCCGAGCGACAGAAAAAAGAGAUCAGUGAGGAAUUGGAUAACCUGAAAUCAGAACUCGAGGAAUCCAUCGACACGACAGCAGCAGCGCAGGAAAUGAAAACAAAACGAGAACAAGAACUUGACUCGCUGAAGAAGAGCAUUAACGAAGAAUCUGCCGCUCACGAAGCCGCCAUGUCAAACCUACGACAGAAACAUUCUACUUUAGUUGAAGAACUAAAUGUGCAGUUGGAGUCUACGAAGAAGAGUAAAGUUCAACUGGAGAAGGCCAAAGCGAAAUUAGAUUCAGAAAAUACGGAGCUUCAAGAAGAUCUUCAGGCAAUAAGUAAGGCGAAGUCUGAACUCGAGCGACGUGUGAAGACCCUGGAGAACAGUCUCAACGAGGCGAACGCUCGAUUAAGUGACGACGAGAGACAAGUCGCCGAUUUGCAGUCGUCGAAAACGAAAACCGAGAAGGAAAUGGAAGCGAUCAUCAAUCAAAUGGACGAAGCUGAAGAGAAAUCGCGAAAUCUCGAACGGGAGAAAUCUAGCCUGACUUCACAGUUGCAGGAUGCACAGGAAGCAAUAGCAGACGAAACACGUCAAAAACUUAGUGUCAGCACUAGGCUUCGCGAUGCUGAAUCAAAUCUUCAAAAUGUUGAAUCAGAACUCAGUGGUGCAAAUGAAGAAAUUCGUAUUUUACAACAAAAACAAGGCGAACUUCAGUCUUCGAUUUCCACUUUCCAAAUGAAUUUGAAAAAUAAAGAUGAAGAGAUCGAAGAGCUUCAAAUAAGCAAGAAGAAGACGAGCAAAGAAUAUGAAGCUCUGCAGACCGUUGUCGACGAACUACGUGCCAACAAUAGUAAACUGGAAAAGUCGAAGAAACGUCUGCAGGAAGAGUUGGAUGACUUGAACAUAAACGUCGAUAGAGACAGAGGACGCGUGUCCGAAUUGGAGAAAAAACAACGAAAAUUCGAUGCGCUUCUCGCCGAAGAAAAAGCAAACUCGGAGAAACUUUCUGCCGAACGCGAUGCUGCUGAACGAGACGCAAGACAGAAUGAAACGAAGGUUAUCUCGUUGACUCACGAACUAGAAGAGCUUCAGGACAGACUUGCCGAAACAGAAAAAUUGAAGAAAACACAACAGAUGGAACUGGAGGCUCUCAUGGAAAGCAAGGAUGACGUUGGCAAAAAUGUACACGAUCUUGAGCGAUCAAAGAGAUCUCUGGAAGGCCAAGUGGCAGAGAUGCGUGAAAAGGUAGAGGAACUGGAGGAUGAACUUCAACUGUCCGAAGAUGCUCGACUACGACUUGAAGUAAAUCUUCAAGCAUUGAAAGCAAACCACGAAAGAGAUCUUGCUGGUAAAGAAGAGAUGAGUGAGGAUAAGAGGCGACAAAUGAUCAAACAGUUGCGAGAAAUGGAAGUAGAGUUAGAGGAAGAGCGAAAGUCUCGAUCGAACGCGCAGAACGCGAAAAAGAAACUUGAACUCGAUGUGAAAGACGUCGAAGAGCAACUGGAAGCAGCCAAUAAGGUGAAAGAAGACAGUAUAAAGCAUCUGAAGAGAUAUCAACAGCAAGUUAAGGAUCUGCAGAAAGACCUUGAAGUCGCUCAGUAUUCACGUGACGAGCUUGCUGACACUGCACGUGAAAAUGAGAAGAAAUUGAAGAAUCUGGAAACGGAGUUCUUGCAAACGCAAGAGGAUCUUGCCGCAGCCGAGCGUGCUAGAAAGACUUUAGAAAACGAAAGAGAUGAGUUGCAAGAGGAGUUGUCCGGCCAUUCAACAUCACGAUCUGCGCUUUCUGAUGAGAAGCGACGUUUGGAUGCGAAAAUCUCCGAAAUUGAAGAAGAAUUGGACGAAGAAAGAGCUCAGAAUGAAGUGCUUGAAGAGAAAGCAAGACGAGCACAACAAGCAGCGGAUCAAGCUCAAAAUGAAUUGAACUCCGAGCGCUCCAACUCUCAGCGAUUGGAGAACCAACGUACUUCGUUGGAACGUCAGAAUAAAGAACUGAAGACGAAGUUACAGGAACUUGAGAGUGAACUACGAUCAAAGACACGUGGUGUUAUCCAAGGUCUUGAAGCUAAAGUUGCAACAUUGGACGAACAGUUAAAUGCUGAGGCAGCUGAUCGCGCAUCCUUAGCCAAAAAUCUUCGCAAAUCAGAGAAGAAAGUGCGAGAAAUCUCCAUCCAAGUCGAGGAAGAACGUAGACACGCUGACCAGUACAAAGAACAGUACGACAAGACAAGUCAGAAACUUCGUCAGACGAAGCGACAAUUGGACGAUACCGAAGAAGAAUUGCAACAAGCGAACGCUUCGAAACGAAGAUUGCAACGCGAAGUUGAUGACUUGAACGAAUCACAAGAAACUUUAAAUCGUGAAAUUUCCACGCUCAAGAGCCGUUUAAGGUCUCGAGGUGGUGGUGGUCGUAGUGGUUACGACACUCCUCCAAACCGCUUGAGAGGACAUCGCGAGAACUCCAUGGAGAGUACUGGGGGCGACACCGAUCCUGCACAUACUGAUGAUUAAUGAUUGUGGGCUCAACAACUGGAAUUCUCUUAAUUGAAAGAAACUUUUCUAGUUUAUUGAUUAAUUUACUAAAAACAAAGCCGUGUUCCUCAAAUUGCUUUGAAUUAUUUGUUAGGUUGUACUCUUCCUAUUGAUUAAUUUAUAUUUUUCUGCAUAUCACCGUUAGUUAUAGAACUUACCCUAAAUUUCAGUACGUACAUUCAAAAUCUUAUAAACCGAUGCUCAAAAUAUUACUUUGAUAGCGUUUCUGUUUAGUUAAAUUUACCAACAUAGUUGUAUGCAAUACUUUAUGUAGCACGAAUUUUUGAAUUAAAUACGUCAUUUAUAUA